UUUAAUAUUUAAAUAUUUCAAUCUCUUAUGUUUUAUUUUUUAUUACUUAGUUAUAAAUCUAUUUUUAUGCUUUUAUAAAUAAAUAUAUAUAUUUUUCCCAUGAUGCAAAAGCCCCGCGCUCUUUUAUUUUCACUUUCAUUCUCUUCAGCAAGCAGCUCUCACCUCCUCCUGCAUCCUGCAUUCAGCCGAACUACACGAUUCCUGACCAUAUCCCAGCAGGCCAUGUACCUCUUGGCCCUCCUCCUGUAUGUUUCUCCAGCUUUGGCUGGAGUUACACAUGUCAGCAGAGAGGACGAGCCUUCUUUCCCAGUAGCAACUGAUGGAUCACCGUUCCCCUGGAACAAGAUGAGGCUUCCAGAGUCAGUUUCUCCUCUGCACUAUGACCUGCUCAUCCACCCUAAUCUCACAAGCCUAGACUUUACAGGAAGUGUGAAGAUCCAAGUGAAGGUCCACGAAGAAACCAACACCAUUGUCCUCCACAGCAAGGACCUCAGCAUCUCCAAAGCAGUGCUGUUGAGCUCGGGUGAAGGUCAGGGUCAGACUCUGAGAGUACUGGAGUACCCUGCUUACCAUCAAAUCGCUCUAGUGAGUGAUGGUACAGUGCUGAAGAAGGGUGGCGAGUACGUUUUUCAGCUGGACUUUGAGGCCAAGCUUUCAGAAAACUUCCAUGGGUUUUACAAAAGCACAUAUCGGACCAGUGAAGGAGAAGAGAGGGUUCUGGCCUCCACCCAGUUUGAGGCGACCAGUGCUCGUGCAGCCUUCCCCUGUUUCGACGAGCCGGCCUUCAAAGCCAACUUCACUAUUAGCAUCCGCAGAGAGAGCAGACACAUCUCCAUCUCCAACAUGCCAAAGCUGAGGACGCUGCCAGUUGUAGGCGGCCUGCUUGAGGACCAGUUUGAUACUACUGUGAAGAUGAGCACAUACCUGGUGGCCUUCAUUGUCUGCGACUUUUUAUCCAUCAGCAAGAACACCCAGCAUGGAGUCAAGAUCUCUGUGUACGCUGUCCCUGAGAAGAUUGACCAGGCCCAGUUUGCACUGGAUGCUGCAGUGAGGCUGCUGGACUUCUACGAUGAUUACUUUGACAUUCCCUACCCUCUCCCUAAACAAGAUCUGGCAGCCAUCCCGGACUUUCAGUCUGGAGCCAUGGAGAACUGGGGACUGACCACUUACAGAGAGACCGCCCUGUUCUUCGACCCCCACAAGUCAUCUGCCUCCGACAAGCUGGGCAUCACCAUGGUCAUAGCGCAUGAGCUCGCCCACCAGUGGUUUGGAAAUCUGGUGACGAUGCAGUGGUGGAACGAUCUCUGGCUGAACGAGGGAUUCGCUAAGUUCAUGGAGUUCGUUUCUGUAAACAUCACCAACCCUGAGCUGGAAGUGGAGGACUAUUUUAUGGGAAAGUGCUUUGAGGCGAUGGAAGUGGACUGUUUAAGCUCCUCCCACCCUGUGUCAACCCCCGUAGAGAACCCAGCUCAGAUCCAGGAGAUGUUUGAUGACGUGUCUUAUGAUAAGGGUGCCUGCAUUCUGCACAUGCUGAGAGAGUUCCUGACCCCUGAAGAAUUUAAAUCUGGUAUUGUGAGAUACCUGAAGAAAUACAGCUACCAGAACACAGUCAACACACACCUGUGGGAAAGCCUGACCACUGAGCAGCAUGCGGAGGAGGAGCUGGACGUGAGGGCCAUGAUGGAGACGUGGACCUUGCAGGAAGGCUUCCCGCUCAUCACAGUGGAGGUCAAAGGUCGUGAGGUUCGACUGAGCCAGGAGCGAUACCUGAAAGGGGAGGACCCCUCCCAGACCAGCGGGUUCCUGUGGCACGUCCCGCUGACCUACGUCGACAGUAACUCUGCCACGGUGCAUCGCUUUCUGCUGAAGACCAAGACUGAUGUGCUGUACCUGCCAGAAGAGGUAGACUGGAUCAAGUUUAACGUGGACAUGAGCGGAUAUUACAUCGUCCACUACGAAGGGUCAGGCUGGGACGACCUCAUCACUCUACUUAAACAUAAUCACACCGCCCUCAGCAGCAACGACCGGGCCAGUCUCAUCAACAACGUCUUCCAGCUGGUCAGUGUGGGGAAGCUGGAACUGGAUAAAGCUCUGGACCUGUCUCUGUACCUGAGCCGUGAGACUAAGUCCGUCCCUGUGACACAGGGCCUCAGCGAACUCGUCCCACUCUACAAACUGAUGGAGAAGAGAGACAUGGAGACACUGGAGAACCAGAUGAAGAGUUACAUCGUGCACCUGUUCCGCGAGCUCAUAGACCGGCAGACGUGGACUGAUGAUGGCUCGGUGUCCGAGAGGAUGCUGCGCAGUUAUCUCCUCCUCUUCGCCUGUGUGAGGGGUCACCCCCCCUGCAUCUCCACCGCCACACAGCUCUUCAAAAAGUGGAAGGAGUCUGAUGGCAACAUGAGUCUCCCUAAUGACGUCAGCAUGGCAGUGUUUGCGGUUGGCGCUCGCACUGAGGAGGGCUGGGACUUCCUGUUCGAGAAAUACAGUAAAUCUAUCUACACAUCCCUGAAGAGCCGCAUCAAAUCCGCCCUGUCCAUCACUCCUCUUGCUCACAAACUCAAAUGGAUGAUGGAGCAGAGUUUUGAGGGUUCUGUGAUGAAGACACAGGAUCUGCCGUAUGUUGUGACGUCUAUCAGCAAGAAUCCUAAAGGCUAUAAACACGCCUGGGACUUCCUGAGGACCAACUGGCACUCGCUGGUGAAGAAGUUUGACCUUGGAUCCCAUUCUAUUGCCCACAUGGUAACAGGGGUGACCAGCCAGUACUCCACCAGGGAGAUGCUGCAGGAGAUUCAGGAGUUCUUCAACUCCCUCACAGUGGAGACUGGAGCAGAGCUGCGGUGUCUCCAGCAGGCUCUGGAGAACGUGGAGGAGAACAUCCGCUGGAUGGACAAGAACGUGCCAUUGCUCCAGGCUUGGUUGAACCAGAACCAUCCAGACCCAGUCCAGCGAGAUGAUCUGUAUCAACAUGUGGAGCUGUAAAAUCCCAGAGCACACGCUGUCUGACCUGCUCUGAGCCUCAAACCACGAUUCUACCAGUGUGAGCUCCUCACGUCAGAUUUAAUGACGUCUACGAUUGGUUUGAAGCACACUGCUGUACUUGGGAAGUACCUCCUGGUACUAUUUUGGAUAAAAAAGGCAGAAAAAUUGUUUGAUAAAGAAAUAAUAGACAUGUUGGAGUGGUUACUGACACUGUAUGACAGUUGUAAUCAAAGUCGUGCAGAGUGGUUUGGCUGUUUACACUGUUUUUUUUUAUUGGAAUAAGAGAGCUGAAUGGGUUUUAAUAACUAUUAAAAGCCCCCUCACACAAAGUUAUUAUAUUAAAAGUUUAUCAGAUGUUUGUGGAUAAACUGCAGAAUUCCUGAGAUAUUAGGAAUUUACAUGCACUUAAUAAUUCAAUAACUGCAAAAAAAAAAAAAAAAUCAGAUUUGGUCAGUAAUCUGAUUAACGUUUUUAAUCAAUCUUUGGUAAUCAGAUAAUAGGAAGAUUUUACAUGAAAGAGGCAAUAAUCAAAUUUCUUAGCAACUUAGCAAUUGGCCAAUAAGCUCACAGAAGCAUGUGAUGUCAAAUUCACAAAUUUUGUUUUUUUAUUAACAUAAAGCUACUUUACUGGUAAAUAUGGAUAAUAGGAGCUCUGUGUGGUCCAAGCAGACGAAGGUUCUGCCACUAGGAUCUAAGGAUCUUCUGUUUAAGUCCCAGGUCAUGCUGCUUUGGCAUCAGCAGCCAGAGUCAGAGAUAGAUAGAGAAAAAGAGCACAAUUGGCCUCGUAGUGUUAGGUUAAGGAUCUGAUGCUUUCCUUUGAGCAUAUUGGUUAACCAGUGAUGCUGCAUCACCAGCAGUGCAAAAAGAAAAUUAUAUAAAUAUGGAU